AAUAACGAUACUGCGCACCCCCAAACCGAAACCGCCCCCAACCACCAAGAGGCGAAAAAUCACCAGCAGCUGAAAACUGGAACGCAAAACGACGAAAAUAUGCUCAAGUCGGAGGUUCAGCACCAGUUCUGGGUUACCAAGAAGGUGGUGCAGCGGAAGUUCGGAACGAAGGAGGACAAGCACGUAAUAUCCUCGGACGCCGAGCUGGAUUCCAAGAUCGAGGUGUUCAAAUCGAUAUCGGACACCAGCUUGAACCUUUGCAAAAUCAUCGACCAAUACCAGGAGCGCCUGUGCAUCCUUUCGCAGGAGGAAUGCGUUUUCGGAAGGUUUCUCAAGGAGGCAGGAAAGCGGAGCCGUACCACGGGGGGUAGUAUCGCCCAUACGGGCAAGGCGGUGUCCUUUGCCGGGCAGCAAAGGAUGUGUGUUCGAGUCCCGCUGCUACGGCUCCAGCACGAAGUGGAUGUGUUCCGGUGUCGGGCCGUCAAGGACACGGAGCAGACCCUCCAGACGAUGGAGAAGGAGCGCACGGAAUACCGCGCCGCUCUCUCCUGGAUGAAGUCCGCCAGCCAGGAACUGGAUCCCGAUACGGGAAAGGGUCUGGACAAGUUUCGCACCGCACAGACCCAUGUGCGAGUGGCCAAGCAUAAUUUCGAUGGUUACUCCAUGGAUUCCAUUCAGAAGAUUGAUUUACUGGCCGCUGCCCGCUGCAACAUGUAUUCCCACGCCCUGGUGGCCUAUGUUAGCGAGUUGAAGAGUUUCGCCCAGAAGGCGGCCUCCACCUUCCAAACCAUAUCCAAGGCCUUGAUCUUAAAACCAAAGUACGACUUUUGUGUGCUAAAGGAGCUGUCCCAAAAUGAAGGACCCAGCGAGGAAGUGCCGCCCAUUGAAGCUGUGGAUUCGGAUCAGUCGUUGUUCUUUGCUAAUGAGUACCAGGACAAGCUGGAAAGCCAGCCAGAAACCAAGGAGUCCGAAGAGGAGAAACCAAGCGAACCUGCCACUGCCUGCGGCGACAAUGAGUCCUUGCUGAUUGAGCUAUCCAAGCAGCUGGAGGACAGUCCGUUGAUUGAUGCGCCCCUGGACGAGGAAAUACCUGCCCAAAAUAGCAGUAACAAGUUAUGGUCUCGCUUGUUUAGCCAGCAGAACCAACAACAUCAACCCUUAACGAGCCACGUACCCAAGGAGUCCAAGUCAAGUGGAGGUGCUACCGCCUCGGUAGCCAGCAAAUCCCAGUCUACCAACAAUCCCUGGCUUGACCUCUUCGCCGACCUGGAUCCUUUGGCAAAUCCACAAGCCUUCGAUUUGAAAAUGAGCGGUGGACGCAGUGUGGCUGAGCAGACAUAAGAAUGCCCUCCCGUUCAGUAUCUUAUCUUGAUCUUGAUAUACCUGUGGCAA